AUGCCCUCCCAAGUGUGGCAGAACCAUCACAAGGCCUGUGAGGAUGUUGUUAACAAGCAGAUCACCCUGGUGCUUUCUUUCUCCCAUGUUUACCUCUCCAUGGUGACAGUGGUGUUCUCUGGAUUUAUUUCAGAUUUCAAGCUGUGGCCUCAAUUGAUGUGUCUUGUCUCUUACCAUCCACCCCCACGCUGCCGCUUCAGAAGACUGACCAUGGUCAAUGAUCUGGAGGCAAGGCAGGGAGCUCUGCAGAAGGAGAAGGAUGUGAACCAGAGUUUGCUGGAUCUGCACAAUCUCUCCUCUGGCCACACAGACCCUCAUGUUGGGCCUAAAGAUGGUGCAGCAGAGAAUUUCCAGAAUCAACUCAGAGAUAAAGAGCUGGUUAAAUGA